AUGUCGUCUACUACCACAUGUCACAAAAGAAAACGAAUUUCCGAAGGGGGGGUCAUGGUGUUAGCAGAACUUGGAUCGAAGUUGCAAGACGCACUGGGCAAACUAAACCGAACGACGGUAGUGGACGAUGAGGUGUUAAAUGCUUUGCUUAAGGAGAUUUGUGGUGCGCUGCUCGAAUCCGACGUGCAGGUGAAACUCGUGCGCCAACUCCGCGACAAUGUUAAGCUGGCUGUGAACCUGGAGGACGUGAGUUCGGGUACGAACCGCCGUCGACUUAUUCAAAAGUCCGUGCUGGAACAUUUGGUGCAGAUGCUGCAGCCAGAGGCGCAGCCUUACAAGAUGAAGAAAGGUCAGAGCAAUGUGAUCAUGUUUGUCGGACUUCAAGGCAGCGGCAAGACGACGAGCAUUGCCAAGUUUGCUCACUACUACCAGCGCAAAGGCUGGAAGACCUGUAUGGUCUGUGCCGAUACUUUUCGCGCUGGAGCUUUUGACCAGCUAAAGCAAAACUCUACAAAGCUGCGUAUCCCGUUUUACGGCAGUUACACGGAGGCCGACCCUGUCCGCAUCGCAGAAGAAGGUGUGGCUCAGUUUCGAGCUGAGAACUAUGAGCUUAUUCUUGUUGAUACUAGUGGUCGCCAUAAGCAGGAGACCGAUCUGUUUGCAGAGAUGAAAGAAGUCUCCGCGGCGAUAAAACCUGAUGACGUCGUGUUUGUCAUGGAUUCGACGAUUGGUCAAGCUGUGUUCGACCAGGCCAGGGCUUUUCGCCAGACAGUAGAUGUAGGCAGUGUGAUCAUUACCAAGCUUGAUGGUCAUGCCAAGGGCGGAGGUGCUCUUAGUGCCGUGGCGGCCACCGGGUCGCCCAUCAUUUUCUAUGGUACUGGUGAACAUUUUGCGGACUUUGAGUCGUUUAACGCGCAGAGCUUCAUGAGUCGUCUGAUGGGAAUGGGAGAUAUCAGAGGGCUGAUGGAGGAAGUGAAGACUAGUGGUAUGCUCGAUAAUCAGGAGGAAAUGGUUGAAAAGUUUCAAAAGGGCGUAUUCACGCUGCGAGACAUGUACAAGCAGUUCCAGAGCGUCAUGAAGAUGGGUCCGCUGAGUAAGGUAAUGUCAAUGAUCCCUGGGCUGCCUCAGGGCAUGGGCGAUAUGAUGAACAUGACUGGAGGUGAGGAGGAAUCUUCAAAACGAUUUCGUCGGUUCCUUUUCAUGAUGGACAGUAUGACAGAUGCUGAGCUCGAUGGCAUUGUUCCUAUUUCGGAAUCGCGCCAAACGCGAGUUGCGCGUGGCUCGGGCUGCCAGCUGUAUGAGGUGGAAUUCUUACUGAAGUGUCACAAGCAGUUCGCGACUGUUGUGAGCCGCAUGGGAAAAAGCGGCCUUAUGAAGGCGGGAGAUGCUGCCUUGGGCAAACAAAUGGCACGUAACCCGAACGCUGUGAUGCAGCAGCUGUCGAAGGUCAUGGAUCCGAAGAUGAUGGCGCAGGUUGGAGGCCCGCAGAACAUAAUGCGAAUGAUGAAGCAGAUGCAAGGUAUGGAUCCUAGCGCAGUAGGCGACAUUACUAAAAUGGCCCAGGGUAUGCCGUUUUAG